CAAUAGAUCCUCAGACUUCUUUUUGAAUUAAGGUUAGAAUAUCCUUUUAAAAUUUUGAAUAAUUUUGUCAAUUUAAUGUAUUCCCAAAUUCAAAUAUAGUUUAAUCCAAUUAGUCCAAUUAGUAUGUUUCAACAAUUUUUGAUAAUCAUUUAAAGUAACUAAAUUAUUCCUUCUAAUUUCUAUUUUAAAAGUGACCUAGAAUCUGCAAUAGAUUGCAUCCAUAAUGCCUCUUUUCCUGUACCUCCAUAAUCUAUCUUCACUACUUUUUAAAAAUUUAACUUAAUUUUAUACUUUUCCUAUUUUUUGGUAAAGUAUUAUUAAUAACUGUGCGGCGAGGAGUGGCAUUGCAAAGAAUACAUAUUUUUCCAAAAAAUCAGAAUCUGAUACUCCAGGCAUAACCUUAAAUCCUAGCAGUGCCUGUGAACUGCAUCCUAAAACGAGACCUAGCAUACCAGAAGGAAGAGUACCUGAGUGGGUCUCCAGUGGGGAGAGAACAUAUUCCCAUAUUGUCAAUAAUGGGGUAUGACAAAGAGGUGGACAAACAGCACUUCCAGGGGUAAUUUGCAUUAAAUCUUGUACUGUCAAUAAGUUGGAUUUAAGGUAUUGUUUGCAGGCAGCUUGAGGGGGGAAUAAGGGAAAGUGAAGGUCCCUUUUAAUAGUUUCUGGAAAUCAACCUAUCAUUCUGAGAGAGAUAUUCAGAAGCCCAAUCUUUGCCCUUCCUGAAUUUUGUACUUAAAGUCAAAGGUUUAUCUGAUGAAUCGCAGUGAAGUGCAACCUUUUGAAUAAUACAGUUUUUUCUUAUAUGAGCCAACUGUCCACAGUUAUACCAUCUACAAGAAUUUGAAAAUGUUUUAAAUCAUAAAUUUUCCUGACUUAGUGCAGCAGCCAUUAUUGCUGCUUGAAAACUAGAAGUCCCAAUAUUUUGACACCUUUGAAUCAUUUCUACUAAAGAUAUUUUUGAUUUCCCCCCAGCUAAUGUUUUCUUACAAUUGGCAUUAGGAUUUUCAAAGGCAAGUUGUUUCAAUAAAAUUUAAGCUGCCUCCCCAUGCUGAUUGAAGGCUGGAUUGCCAUCAUUAAGCAAUUGACAAAGUCAGCAAGUCUUAUUAGAUCCUUGCUACUUGAUUGAUUUUCCCUUAUUCCGAUUCAAUAUCAACUGGACAAGGAUCAGUCUUAUAAAUUUUCAUAUAUAUAUAUAUAUAUAUACUCCAUGUACAUUUUCUUAUUUGAGUAUCCCAACAAUCUACUGCUACACGUAUCAAUAUUCCCAUUUCACAGAUGAGGUUAAAUAGCUUGUCUUUCUAUUGUCAUACAGCUAGUUAGUGUAGUAGGAAACAUUCAGACCCCAGUCUGAUGCCAAUUGGGUCCAGCACCAUCUAUUAUGCCGUUAUGUUCUUUGAGUACUUUAUGUGGUGACUGCCACUUCAUUGCACUUUUUCUGCAUAUUAUUCAUGUUUAUGUUCAUUUCUCUGUUCCCUUCCUUUACCCUCAUAGAGUAUACUUAACUCAGUGUUUUAAGCCAUCAGCUGGACUUGUAAAAAGCCACGUUGCCUUGAAAGCCUCUGUUUGAGGUAGGUAGACAGAUUAAAAAAUGUAUUUUAAACUUUCAACUAGGCUUCAUCAGAAACCUGAGGUUAUCUAGAGAGUAUAUAACUGGUAGAGUCUGGAUUUUGUGUGCAUUGUACAGGAUGGAGCAGGAUGGGCUGGAGAGGGAAAAACUGAAAGCAAGGAGAAUGAUGCAGUAGUCCAGAGAGGAGAUGGUGAAGACCUCAACUAAGGUAGUGACUGAGUGAGCAGAAAGGAUAUCUUUAAUAUAAACAACACAAUUAAAUUCACUUAAGGAAAUGAGAAAAAUAUCUUUAACUGUGAAAAUGCUACUGAACUUUUGCUAUGCUUGGUUGGCCCCAGUUUGUAGAUGAUAGGCACACAGUCUUUUUUGCUUUUCCAAUCUGUUAAUUAAGAGAAUCUAACUGGCACCAGCUGGGCAAGGCUGGCUUUGUGGAAGAUUGCAAUUAGAUGCUUCAUUUUCUAUUUUCUUUUCCCCUUUCAACUUUGAAAUGAUAAUGAGUAGGGGUUUUUACUCUAUUUAGCAUAGUUUGAUGUACCUAAUUAUGUAAUCAUAUAGUUAUACUCAUCUAUGUGUAUACACACAGCAUAGCCUUUUAUGUUUUAUGAAUGUCAACUCCUUUUAUAGUCCAUAGCAGUUCUAGCCUCCUUUUUACUCUGUAAUUUAAUUAGACUGUAUUGGAUUAAAGUGUAAGGUAGAAAGGAGGAGGAAGCAACAGAUAAUUGCUUAAGAUAACAGAUAAUAACAAAAGAUAUUUUGUGCUCUUUUAUUUAUGCCACCAUUUUUUGCUUCCUUCCUCUCUUCACUUGCUCCCCCAAAGGCAUAUUUUGCCAAUAAUCUUCCAAAGUCAGAAUAAACUAAAUAAAAUUGUGUUUCAUUAUAUUGUACUUUUCUGUUAAUUUAAAACUCUAAUUACAGAUUUCCUAAAAAUGCUUUUAACAUUUUUCCCUUUACCCCAGGUUCUAGGAAAGCAGUGAAAUUGGGAUUCAAUGUGCAUGCACAAUAGUAGCCAUUAUUUUUCUGAUGUUUACCUCCUGCAGUGAGCUUCUUUAACCCCAGCUGCUGGAACUGGGACCUGGUAGCAGCUGCAUUCUAGGAUUCAAACCUCUGAGGGAUAGGGCCAUCUGCUUCCUUGUAUGAGAAGAAACUUGAAAAAGAAUAUCAAAGAAGUGUGUCCUCGACCACCAGCACCAGAAAAUGGUGGCUUCAUCUGCCACCCAACCCCCUGUAAAGAUCCCUUGGCAGCAGGCAGUGUCAUUGAGUAUCUAUGUGAUGAAGGCUACAUGCUGAAAGGAGAUUACAAAUACUUGACAUGUAAAGAUGGGGAAUGGAACCCAGCUAUGGAGAUCAGCUGCCAUCACAGCCAAGACAAAGACCUUCACACAACGAUUGGUGUGCCCACCCUGUCAAUAGUGGCCUCCACCGCAAGUUCAGUAGCACUCAUUCUUCUUCUAGUUGUGCUCUUUGUUCUGCUGCAGCCAAAAUUGAAGUCCUUCCAUCAUAGCAGGCGUGACCAAGGAGUAUCUGGUGACCAGAUCUCCAUCAUGGUGGAUGGCGUUCAGGUAGCCUUACCGUCAUAUGAAGAAGCAGUGUAUGGCAGCUCUGGGAAUUCUGUGCUGCCUUCUAAUUCCCGAAUACAAAUUGUUCUGUCUGAAGGGGCUGAUCCAAGCAGUGCAAGGGAGGUGCAGCAGCAAGACCAAGGAGGCCACAUCUGCUCUUCCUCAGGGGCAGAGGAUGAUUCCCCGGGACACUCUGGCCUGGGUGAUGUCCUAAGUGCUCAGCGCUCAGAGACUGUAAUGGUGCACCAGGCUACCACUUCUUCCUGGGUGGCCGGCACAGGAAACGGCCAUCCUGCACACAAAGAUGCCCCAGACUCAGAAAACAGUGAUAUACAAAGCCUUUUAUCUCUCACUUCUGAGGAAUAUACAGAUGAUAUUCCAUUGUUGAAAGAAGCAUGAAGUUUGCUGCUGCUGUCUUCAUGUGGCCUCCUUCCCUCUUAUAUUGUUCCUGUCUGCUCCCUCUUCAUUUCCCCUUGGGUUCUGAGCACUCUGUGCAGCCUCCAUCCUUCAUUUUACACCCGUCUGCCCUGGUGAUUAGAGCAGCUCCCCAAGGUCUCUCCUGGCCAAACAUCCAAAGGAAACCUUGUUGGGCAGCCAACAGGGCUGGUCCCAUACUUGGCCUCUCCUGCCUCUCUUUGUCUGAAACUUAUUUGAGUGAGCUGAGAUUGGGCCCUUCCUUUCUCCCCCACAACCUCCAUGGGCCUCUUCAGCCCUCCCCUCAGCCAGCUGUUUAGCAUCGGCCCCCACAGGCCAUAGCGCGGCUGUCUUUACUUGUGCCUUCCCCCAGCCCCCCAGGCCGUUGGCUCAACACUGGCCUGAGUGGUUGCGCUGUUGCUGCUGCUAUUGCUGCACAGGAUGCAAAAGGUCUUUGGGGUCAGUGCCCCCCUCCAUUACUGUUGGCAGCAGUAAGCCCAAGGUUGAGAGUAUGCUGGUGAGGAAAGGCUUCAGGGUAGAGGCAGCUAUUAUGGGGGGAUUGGAGAUGAAGAAGAGGUGUAUUAACCCCCCCAGUGGCUGCCUUAUGAAGAGUAGCUGUAUACUUGGAUAACAUAUUUGUGACUUCUUUAACUAUUUAAUAGAGGGAUUAUUGAGAAUCAUGCCAGUUUUCAGCAAUUCUGUGUUGAUCAGUCCAGGGGCCAGGAAUAUUGACCCCUCUUUAAUUGACAUUUUUAGGGGCAUACAUGGGAAAGAGCUAAAAGGGGAGGACAUGGACACAGCAACUCUUAUCUUUCUAAUAUGCAAGACCCCACUUACUGGUCCUGGCUUUCUCAGCCAUGACUUUUAUCUCUCCCCCAUUCCCUAGAGUCUAAAGGAAAGCAACAUGUGGCCUCCUGGGUUCAUUUUCCUUUUCCCAGGCCCCUGUGGCAGAGUUCCAUCAUCUAUAGAAAGGAAGAGAAGUCAGAAACCAUCUAGUAUCCAUCAUCAUUCCCUCCCCUGCACAUGCUGUUUUCCCAGGCUUGCAACUAGCAUUUUGGGCAAGUUGCAUCUUUCUGGGUAUGUGGUGAUAUUAUGGAGCUGGAGGAACUCGUGUGCCCUCCCCUCUCCCAGACACAGUGCCUUGGGUGUGGCUGUAGGCAGCCUGAACCCUGGGUCCUGAGCAUUCCUGUCAACACAGUCACGUGCCUUAGUAACUGUCCCCAAGAAGCACCCUGCUACUUAGUGCUGCUGCUUUUCCCACUUGACCCUUUCCUCUCCUUCCCCCACCCUCCUCUCUUUCCCCUUUGUCACAGCGGACAAAUGACUUUCUUGUCUUCCUUGGAGCUCAGGAAGAAGGGCUAAGAAAGAGCCUGAGCUACCACCCUCACUCCAGUAGCCAGACUGCCUUGUUGUGGGUGAAUACUCUGCUACUGAGGCAAUUAGGUUGAGGGAGAGGGUGAGAAGGGUACUCUAGAAAAGCCAUGUGUGUUUGGGGUGCAGAUACCAUUCUCCAGAGCCAUUGGUUUCCUAGAGGAAAGACCAGAGUCCAGGCAUUUAGACUGUUUAUAGCUUGCAUGACCUCCCAUAGACAGCUUCCAUGAUGCUGUGCUUCCAAGCAAUUUAAUGACACACUUCAUUUGAUCAUUGUGAGACCUCAGAAAGACAUUGGAUAAAAGGUUGAUACCUUGGGAAUAAUCUAGAAGCGCUGGGCAAAAGACUUGGAAGAUAACCAUCUUUUAUUAUUCUCCCCUAGAUUACUUGUCAAGAUGAUAGUAAUAACUUCCAACUAUUAUGUAACCUGCUCAGCAAAGCCUUUGGGGACUACCUCUAGCUGUCUUAGACAAUGGGAAUAACCACAAAGAACAACUAGAAAGAGAAGCUUCUAUCAACCAUCAGUAUGGCUGCCUCUCCCCUUAAACAACCUUACACAUGCUUAUAUGCUGCACUUUAUUGCAUUGUCAUCCCCUUGUUUAAGCAACAAGAAGCAGUUUUGUUUCCUCAUAGAGUUAAUAGUAGCUGACAUUUAUAUGACGCUUUAAGGUUUGCAAAGCGCUUUGUAAGUGAAGUGCCUGUAUUGCCCCAUUUACUUUCUUCUCCUUUGUCCCCCACCACCAUACCCACGUAACUUUUACCCAAAGCCAUGUGAGUUGCUGGAAAAUUGGGGAGAGGCCCUGUAAGGAGAGUCCCAUACCAGGCACUGCUGCUUCAAAGAUGAAAUUAAAGCCAGGAGAAGGCUUCCUGCCAUGAAGUAGAAUGGAUAUCAAGUGAACCCCUGUCUCCACAGUCACUUUUAUUAUCUAGAAUUGCAGACAGCUUCUGGUUCCCGGGAAGAAGGGAAGGAGAGUCCUUCAUGAUCACUGCUGAGUGGUCACAAGUAGAGUGAGCCCAAAUCCUUCCUUUCAGUCUUCCUAAAAUGAUGAAAAAUAAAAACAGUUGAGGGAGAAAUAAUCCUGCCUUCCUGCCAAGCCUUCAGCUUGUUUGAAUAUCUGCAUGUACCUCUGGCUCAGGAUGCCAGAAAUAAAGAAAAGUUUUUGUCUUGUUUUUUCGUUAGAGUGAUCUUCUCAGAGAACACAAUCCAGGACCCUGUCUUACCACAGAUCAUUUGGACUUUUUGCUGGCCCUUUAAAAAAGGAAAAGAGAAGCUUCCCCAUUUCUGGAUCUUCUUUCCACUGGUCUUGCUUAGACACACUAGCCUACCCAGGCAUUUGACUGCCUGCCCAGACAUGUUGCCACGUUAGGAGGAAAAAGGAAAAAAUGAUGAGGAAAAUAAAUGCAGGAGUCCUUUCCCCCCAUCUGCUUUGGAUACCAGAAUAUAAAAUAACGGCAGGGUUGUUGAGAACUCUGUAUUGGAUUAAAUUAGAUGACUUUUGUUAAACAGCCCAUUUUGUACUGCUGGAGUUGGGGUUACAUGUUAGCUGCUAAUAACCAGAACAACUUCAAAUAGAGUAAUUCCCUCCCUCCCCCAAAACAAUUUUUUAAUGAAUCCUUAGGAAAACACCCUGCAUUUACCUCCUCAGUACUGUUUCUAGGGCUCAGAGGCUUUACUUUGACAACUGCAAAGGGAUUCAGGGAGUUUCACAGCUGCUUUGAGGUGGGUCCUGGCUCAGAGACAAAGACAUGCUUUAUUGGAUAGAGCAACUAGGCUGAUUGUUGGUGGUCCCUAGGAAAAAAGUGUACCUAAGGGAGCUUCUUUGGAUGGGAAUGAGACAAACUACGUGGCAAAACACAAACCACCGUAGGUGAACUAAGCAAAAAGCAUUUGUCAGCUUUUUAGGUUUUAGGAAGAUAAUGAACAGCGCCAAAGGACUAAGUUUUUGAAUUUUCCUUUUUUUUUUUUUUUUUUGCACAGAAAUAUUCUGUCUGCCUCAGUGCAAGUUUAUAUCCUGUUGACUUGCACCAUCAUAAUUACUUCAAAGAGAACCAGUGUACAGUGAAAACUUUUAAAGUAAUACCUGUUCUUUGCAAUGCCUUAGUUUAAUAUUUUGCCAUCUCUGCAGUUUGUUUACUUUUCCACCUUCCAUUGCACCUGGUGUAAACUUGACCACUUUGGUUCUGUGCUGUCCAUUCUCCUUAGUUCUGAAUUGAGAUUCCAGCAUUGCCCAGGAAAACUUCUAAUUGUACUGCCUACUAAGUAGAUUUUAUUAGAUAUAGCAUCUCACUGUACAUUCUAUAAAUCUAAUGUUUAAAAACAAAAUCUAAAUAUCCUUUCCUGCUUUCAUACUUUCAAUUUACCUGUCUCCUUCCUACUAAUGAGAAGCUACCUAGCAAGACAAAGGUAUAGUUUUCCUGCUUUCAUUCCCAGAAACAUGAGAGUAGUGAUGCAGUCAUCCUUUUCCUGUAUCCUAGCUUAAUUUUCAAGUUCUUUGCUUGCAUACCUCUGCUUCCUCCAUUUUUACGGGAGCAUGUGAGCACAGAGAAUGGAAUUUGCCAUAAAUAUGGCUUGGCUUGGCUUGGCUUGGCUUAAAAAAAGAAAAAUACAGGCUCUAUAGUUAGGUUCCGACCCCGAUGUGGGUCGGAGAUGGCAAAACUGCCUUUCCCACAGGGACCAUUUGGCUUCUUUUCAUUGCCUAUUGGCUGGAAAGG